CAGGGUAGGCAAGGCAGCCUUUACCCCGAGGCCAGACGAGGGGUGACACUUGAAAUAGGCCAGAUUUCGAAGCUGGAAUCUCACCGCUCACAAACACACAACACCACUGCGAUGCUUACUUCGUUUCUGCUCCUCGCAGCCUCGCUGGCCGGCAGCGUUGCCUGUCUCGACACCAUAGGCACCUUUGUCUCGCCGGCUGCUAACAGCACGCUCAGCUUCGCAGGGCAGAAGAUUCCCCUCGUCUACUAUGGCGUCGGUGGCAAUGGCGCCGUCAGCUCGCUGGCCCAGGUCACCAUCACCUCGUCGGCCUUUGGCGCGCGCGGGGCUGGCCUCAACGCUUCUCGCGUCACGGGCUACAGCAUCACCCAGCCUCUUAACCUGGCCACGCUGCUCCCCAAUGCCUUUCAACCAGGCACCUCCGAGGAUGACAAAAAGGCUUUCCGAUACAACGCCUACAUCUACGACCUCGGCUUCCCCGCCCAGGCGCUUGAUCACGACGUCGACGGCUUCCUCACCGUCCUCGAGGCCUACACCGUGCCGUCGUCGGCCAACGGACUGACGUGGACGAACCGUGCAACGCUUGACCUCAAGCUGCUGAAGCCAUAGAAUGCAUACACAUAGUCGCUUGAGGAUAAUGGCAUUUUAAUCGAGG